GGGGACGCUUUUCUAGCAAAAACCAGACCACAGCUCUUUCUCUAAUCGCAUUUUUUUUUUAAAGCCCCCUUUGAUGUAUACGGAGGAAUUCCCCGUGUUGCGUGUAGUAUUUAGCCGGGGAAGCGCUGUAUUGAAUGCAGACUGAGCUGAUUGCGGCAAUCAAAGCGUCCUGAGUGAUCGGAACUCAGCAGCAGCAUCUCAUUGUAUGAAAUGCGUCACCGUGAUCCUGUUCUCCCAUUUACACACAUCGGCUCUCCACUCACGGACUGUGCCCCGCACUGACGAUUUCAUCAGGUAACCACAUGCGCGGGCCGGUGUCACCGCGCUGAGCCCCGGAGAGCACGAAGGGUACAGGGGGUGUCAGAGAGACAAGAGUGGUUCGGGAAAGGUGGACCGGAUGACAGCCAGAAGCUCCGAGGCCUCGGGGCUGUCGGUGCCGCUGCACCGCUGUCACGGGGGUUUCCAGGCCGAUAACGGCACCUGCGCGGAGCACCUCAGCUUUUUUCCGCCGUUCUCCUCCACCCUCGCGCUCCUCGUGCUGGUGGCCGUGCUCGUCGGGAUCAUCCUCGUUUCCCUGGCAACGUUCCACUUCCACAAGAGGAAGCUUCGGAACAGGAAGAUCCUGCGCGCGCAGGAGGAAUACGAGCGCGACAGUCGCAGCCCCGCGCGCGGUGGCGGCGCAGGGGCGAGCGGGGAGCCCGCGAGGCCGUGCGUCAUCGUCCGUCCGGUGAGAUGCGAUGUGGAGAGGCUCUCGUGCCAGAGCGCGGAGAGCGCGGACGCCAGCGAAGCGGCGGAGGGCGAACCGGCGCGGCACGACCCAGUUGCUCUCGACUGUUAACU